CUGAAGGCUAUAUUUAUCGGCGUUGUCAAGGCAUCAAUACAACCCCUUGUAGGACUGGUCGGCUACAGGGCGUCAUGGGGGAGCCUGUCUAGAAUAUGGCAAGAAGGAAUACGCGACCCAAGCGAAUUGGAGGAGUUGGUACAGCCCGAGGCGGGAGAGGCUAGCAAAAGAGUUUCUGGCCGGCAACAGACGUGA